GUAUCAUGUUUAUCUGAAAUUGGGGAAUUCAAGUUUGGUACCGCUCAACGUUACUUUAAAUUAGCUAAAUGCGUAACGUUAGCUAGCUAAUGCUAACUUGUGCAAGAGUCAGCUAGCUAACUAGCUAGCAACUGAAUGGGAGUUCCCUUUGGCCAACGUUACAGUUGCCAAUGUGCACGCUAGGUUUUCCCCAUUCCAUUACUGUUUCGCCCUUUUCCUCUGAUCUAGUUAGCACCACACUUAAAAAAAUCGAAUAGGCCUAACUUAGGGUGUGUUCGUAAAUUUACUUUUGAGUGCCAGAGUGCGCUCUGGGCGUUUGUAAAUUCAGAGCGUUGUUAGAUUGUCCGUUCGUAAAUGAGUGUUCAGAGCGCACACUGGACGCUCUGGCGGAGGAAUAGGGUCCGAGUGUUCUAAUCUCACAACGGCAGUCAUGCACCAAAACUAACUCAGAGAACACCUCACUCUGAACAUUUUACUCACCCUAGUAGUUGGUGGCUGUUGCUGUGCUGGCAACACGUUAAUUACGUUUUUUUGCCGACGUUUACUAGCACGGGCCAUAUUCAACGGGUGUUGAGCAGCCGAAAUGACUACUGCUCCAUACAACUACUCCUACAUCUUCAAAUACAUUAUUAUUGGGGAUAUGGGUGUAGGGAAAUCAUGCCUGCUUCACCAGUUCACAGAAAAGAAAUUCAUGGCAGACUGCCCCCAUACUAUUGGAGUCGAGUUUGGCACAAGGAUAAUCGAGGUGAGCGGCCAGAAGAUCAAACUGCAGAUCUGGGACACUGCGGGACAGGAGCGCUUCAGGGCCGUCACACGCAGCUACUACAGGGGAGCGGCAGGGGCACUCAUGGUCUAUGACAUCACCAGGAGAAGCACAUACAACCACCUUAGCAGCUGGUUGACUGAUGCUAGAAACCUCACCAACCCUAAUACUGUGAUCAUUCUUAUUGGUAACAAGGCAGACUUGGAGGCCCAGCGAGAUGUAACCUAUGAGGAGGCUAAGCAGUUUGCUGAGGAGAACGGUCUAUUGUUCCUAGAGGCUAGUGCAAAGACGGGUGAGAAUGUGGAGGACGCGUUCCUGGAGGCAGCCAAGAAGAUCUACCAGAACAUUCAGGACGGAAGCCUGGACCUGAACGCCGCCGAGUCUGGUGUCCAGCACAAGCCCUCCGCCCCGCAGGGCGGCCGGCUGACCAGUGAACCGCAGCCCCAGAAGGAAGGCUGCAGCUGCUAAUGACCCCACCCGCUGACCCUCCAGCUGACCUUUGCCCCCUGUGCCACCGCCUCCCUCCACCACCCAGGAGCCCACAUGCCUCCACCAAGGCACUGACAGUCUGGGCCCCAGUAGGCUCUGAGCCAGGGAUGGGCUUUAUACCACUCCCAGCCAUCUACAUCCAUCUCCCUCUCAUCUCUCUCUUUCUCUCUCUGUCUCCCCAUAUCUAUCUCACACAGCUAUGCUGUAUGUGCCCAUAGCCUACAUAACCCAGUGCACCUAGCACCUAUGAUGAGAUGAGCAAGCCUCAUGGGUCACACAUUGUGAUUAGAACACAGCAACAGAGAAAAUAGGUUUUUCUGGCUGGCUGCUCUACUGAAGAAAAAGCCUUUUUCUAUCCACAGAAGAAACCAUGAUGUGCAUAACUAUAAAUGGAAUGAUUCAUCACUCUUGUGGUGUUUUGAAUGUAGUGCUGUUUUAAUUCAAAUUCAAUUAUUAAGAGUGGCUGCAAAAUACUCAGCAAACAGGCACAGAUACCAAAGAUAAUGGAUGCAUGAGUCACUCAAAGUGUAUAACCAUUUACCAAAUUGUUCAUUCUUUUAAAAUGUUUCCGGAGAUUUUAUCGGUCUUGGAAUACGUUGGAUUGACUUUUUGUUCGAUAUAAUUAUUAUAAAAUAUUUGUUUUACCCAUUUAUUUUAAUGAAAAUUAGUGGGAAAUGAUGGGUACAGUAUAAUGUAGAAUAUGAGCAUGUGAAAGACCAAAUUGUCAAAUUUCUUAGGUGCCUCAAUGAGAGAGAUCUGACCUGUAGCAUGUACUAUUGGAAAGUUAGACAGAACACUGGGCGUGGAGUCCAAGAGAAAUCUUUGCACUUUUUUGUGAUGGAGCUCCAUCUUUUGUGGAGAUGGAGCUCCAGCGGGGGGGGUCACUAGAAACCAUAUGGAAGCAAACAGGGAGGGACUAACCUGAAAUUGUCCAAUGAAUACACCCCAUCAGUAGAGAUUCUGAUCAGUGAGACAUCUCAGAUGCCCACUCCAGCUGUGAUUCAAAUGGGAGUAUUGUAUGUGGAUCUAUGGUGGCUGUGAAAAUUGGUCAUCCUGCGGCUUUGUAUUAGAGGGAUAUCUCACUCCUUUGUCCCCUGGGGCACUUUAGUAGGACUUAGCUGGUGAACUGAGGUUGUGAGGUGGUUCAGCAAUGUACCUCUCCCUUUGAUUGAUGUAAUCUCAGGGACUUCAUCUCACUGGUUGCAUUCCAAAUUGUACCCAUAGGGCUCUGGUCAGAAGUCGUGCACUGCAUAGGUAAUAUUGCGUCAUUUGGGACGCGACCCCUGAUCACACCCCCCAUAUCAUUCUCUCUGUGAUUGUUUUUGCCUAAUUUAGUGUUAACUUGUUAUGCAAACUAAUGUAGAACGCCUUUCUGUAAAUUCAAUAGGCUACUAUAUUAGAUUCAUAACUCUAUUUUGAUAUAUUUUACUGCCUCUCUUCAGAUCAUAUGCACAGAUUGUACAAAACAUUAGGGACACAUUAAUAUUGACUUGCACCCACUUUUGCCCUCAGAACAGCCUCAAUUUGUUGGGGCAUGGACUCUACAAUGUGUCGAAAGCUUUCCACAAGGAUGCUAGCCCAUGUUGACUCAAUGCUUCCCACAGUUUUGUCAAGUUGGCUGGAUGUCCUUUGGUUGGUGAACCAUUCUUGAUACACAAGGGAAACCGUUGAGCAUGAAAAACCAGCAGUGUUGCAGUUCUUGACACCUACUACCAUACCCUGUUCAAAGGCACAAAAAUAUUUUGUCUUUUUUGUCUGGUUUGUUCCGGUUCUAAUAACACCAGAUUCAUUCCCUUCUUGUAAUGGAGCAUCCAGGAGCGCUAUCAGAGCCACACAAUGAGAGCAGUUUAUCUUAGCUACUCACCUAAAGCGGUUCCUGUCCCUUUUCUUCAUUUCUUAGCAGGGGUGUAUUCCAGAGGAGGCUGGUGGGAGGCCCUAUAGGAGGACGGGCUCAUUUUAAUGGUAGAAAUGGAACGGAGUCAAACAAGUUGAUAAGGUGAUUGAUGCUACGAUUCCAUUCCAGACUUUACAAUGAACUCUUCCUCCUAUCGCUCCUCCCAUGAUGCUAUGAUUCCAUUCCAGACUUUACAAUGAACUCUUCCUCCUAUCGCUCCUCCCACCAGAUUCCUCUGGUGUAUACACUAUGAACCAAAUGAAAGCAAACGGGUAAGGACCUACCUGCAUUUGUCCAAUUACAAACCCUUGUUUUUGUUGCAAAAUGUUUUCGACUGCAAAUCGUUUUGCACUAAUGAAUACACCCCAGAGGACAGGAAAGCUCAUUCCUCAACCAUUUCACAACAAUGAUCUCCACAUUGGGAUGACCGCACGUGGUGCAUUCUGUAGAGAGCUUAUGUUUUUCAUGUUUUGGGAAAUAUAUUUUUCUUACUAAUCUUUCGUUGAAGUCAUUACAUAUUUCCAUUUACCUUGACAUCACUGAUGUAUGUGAUUUCUUAGUCGGAGAGAUGUCGAGCUAUGAUUCUGAAGGGUUUUUUUUUUCCUUCAGAGGUGUUAGUGUGUUAUGUUCAAUCUGUAUUUGCUUGUGCUGUAUUUCAGGGCCCAGUAUCGCGACGCAGCAGUAGUGUUAUCUUGAAAAUGGGCUUAAAGAUACAACUGUAGUGCAAUUUCUCAAAGCUCGAUGCACUGUAAAAAGACUGGUCCAGUCCGCCUUUCACUGAAGUUUUUUGGUGGCAUGAAGAUACUGGCUAAUAUUAGUUGUUGUGCUUUUCCCCAAACGGUCUCCUUGGAAGUGUUGAGAAGGAUUUAAAUUGGUCUCAUUAAAUGUAGCUCCAUCACGUAGCUCUAGUCUCAUAUUCACAAAGCAGCUGAGUGGGAGAGAAUCUAGGAUCAGGUCCCCCCUGUCCAUGUAGUCUUAUUCAUUAUGAUCUAAAAGGCAAAACUAAUCCUGGAUCAGCACUCUUACUCUGAUAGGCUUGAUACAUAUGGUCCCUGGUCAAAAAUCUUAAGUGUUGGAAUUGGUUCACUGAUUGCUAGCCAUUUGUUUGUAAUGAUUUUCUUUGAUUAAUGUAACAUUUUUGGCUUGAGCAAAUGUACAAUUGAGAUCGCAUAAUGUACUUUCAUUAUUGAAUUACUUUAUUUAGAUAACCAUUAUUGUACAUUUUUUUUACUCCUGUGAAUCUAAGCACAGAUGCUCUUGACAAGACCCGAUUUAUAAAAAUGAUUUCUGUGUAAUAAUACUGGCUUUGAAGGACCACCUCUUAACCAUGGUAAAAUAUUUAUAGAUUAACAACUCUUUAUCUCAGUUUGGACCUUUCUGUAAUUAGAUUUUGUUCUGAGAACAGCUCUGGAUUAAGGGCAAUCUUGUGUGUGGCAACUAGGGAUGUGCAUCUUUCUCUUUAAAGAUGAUUUGGUACGUAUCUAUACUGAACAAAAAAAUAAAUGCAACAAGUAAAAUGUGGGUCCCAUGUUUCAUGUGCUGAAAUAAAAGAUCCCAGUAAUAUUCCAUACACCAAA